CACUUAGUAUAAAAUAUGAGCCAGGGCUACACUGAGAACGAGACGCUACCCGACACUCUUCUUCGCUGCGAAGAAUCCCGAAAACUCCAGAGAAGGCCUCAGCGCUGUACUCGGACAAAGACAGUUAUGAAGUUCUUCCCCGUCGCCACGGUCCUCGUCCUUGUGGCCUGCGGCGUCCUUGCUGAGGAAGCCCCCAAGAAGGACAAGGACAAGGGCAUCACAGGACGUGGAGGCCUGUUGGGCGGUGGUCUCGGAGUCGGCGGCUACGGUGCCGGUGUCGGCGGCUACGGCGGAGCUGGUCUCGGUGGCCCUGCACUCAUUGGUACUAAACUCAUCGGAGCUGGUGGCCACGGAUAUGGAACAGGUGUCGGCCACGGUGGUCACGGUUACGGUGGCGGCGUCGGCUACGGCGGCGGUCACGGCUACGGCGGCGGCUACCAGUCCGGCUACGGCUCUUCGGGUGGCGGUUAUCAGGGAGGAUACCAGGCUGGUGGUGGCGGCUACAAUCAGGGAUCAUCGGCUUUCGCGGGCGGUUCUUCCAACAAGCAAGUCAACGCAUACAACACCAACCAGGGUUACAGCCACAACUCGGGCUUCUCGUCCAGCAGCAGCAACACAUUCGGCAGCGGACACAAGCAGGGCUCGUCCGGAUUCGGGGUCGGUGCUGCCGGACACAAGGGCGGCUACGGGCAGUCGUCGUUCGGUCACAACGCCGGUGCUGGCUACGGCGGAGGAUACCAUGGCUAAAGUGUCUUCAUCAUUCUUUAUCCACUCCGUCAUCGGCGUGACCUGCCAUCAUUUGAUUUCUUGGAGGCACCUAAAUAGUCAAUAAAACCUAUCUCCUUAACACA